AUGUCCGAUGUGAAUUGGGCUGCCUACAACGCGUUUCGCUGUGAUCUGGCCAAGGUGCAGAAGACUUUCACUUGCUGCACUCAGACGGAGUUCACCGAGGAGGUCGGCACCAUAACCGAAUUGCAAUUGGGCUGCAAGCUCCCAGCCAUAGCUCCAGCUCCAGCUCCACUCGAGAAUGGACAGAUCUAAUGGAGAAGCUGUCGAACCGCACCCGU